UAGGCGCUGCAUGUCGGCCAGAGGAUGAAGACCAGCGAGUUCCUGCAUGAUGGCUUCCUUGGCGCCUACAAGAUCGUCAAGAAAAUCCACGAAGGAUCGCAUGCCCACGUGUACCAGGCUGAGUCCAAGGCAGGAGACAGCGUGGUGCUAAAGGUCGCAGAAGAGAACGCGGCAGUAAGGGAACGGCAAGUGCUCUUGGAGUUGAAGAAGAAAGAUGUCUCGUGCAAUCAUUUCGUGCGGCUCCUCGACUACAUGAUCCAUGAAGAAAUCCUCCCCUUCCUUGGAAGACAAGAUGAAGACACAAAGCUGGGCUGCCUGAUCCUGGAGUAUGCGACGAUGUCGUUGGAUCGCUGGCUCUUGCAGAAGAAUUUCCAGCCUACGUGGGUUGAGGUCUUGGAUGUCGGUAGCUCCCUUGGGUCCUCUUUACAGGAGCUACACUCUCUCGGGCUGAUCCACAAUGAUGUGAAACCUGCUAACUUUCUCCGAUCUUCCAGUGGGCAGUGGAAACUUUGCGACUUUGGGAGCACCACAGAGGACGGCAGCGUGAGGUUCGAAGUCACUUCAUCCUACUGUCCGCCAGAGCAGGCGAAGAGUAUCCUAAACAGCGAGAUCGUCCUGGCCUCGCAAGAUUCAGAUGUCUGGGCGUUCGGGAAGAUACUUUAUGAGAUGGUCAGCGGGCAGCCCGACAUCCUCGUGGAUGACUCGAGACCUGACGUGAUGGAGGUCAUCGCUCAGCUGGAGUCAGAUGUCGUACAGGAUGACAAGAUUCGCUUCCCCGCCCUGCGGUCUGUCUUGCGCUCCGCGUUGCAGCUUUCACCUCCAAGGAUGAGCAUGGCGACCAUCAUGUCCAAGGGUGUCUGGUCGGGGCUUGCUACCAUGACGGUGAGCGAGAAGGACGACGAUCACUCAGUUACUACGAAGACGCAUGUCCAGCUUCGUAUGGCGAUCUCGGAGCUCAUCGACUCUGAGAGGGAGUACUGCCUACGUUUGACGAGAGUGGUGGAGCAUGUGGUCGUUCCGCUCAGGAAACAAGUGA